AUACAUACUGUUGAGAUCCGCUCUACAUUAGUUAAGCAAUCUUCCGCGAUAGUGUAUGCUCAGUGAAAAUGUUCAUCGCCUUUGCUCAAGUGGAUUACUGAAAAUUGAAUCAACAUGGAGAUUUUUGGUACGCUGAUUAUCGAAGGUGACGAGGAAAAUGAAAUUCAAUACUGUAAGGUGAACCAAGAAUCUAACAUCGAGGACAUAUUUUCCAACUGGGGAUUAAAGAGCACUGGCUUGUUACUGUCUUUGACGGGUUCCGCUUUUCCAGACAAAGGAAAACAGAAAGAGGUUGUGAAAGCGCUUGCUGAGGUGUUUGCUAGCACGGGUGCAUGGGUAACCACAGACGCAAUUGAUGAUGUCGGAGAAAUUCUGAGAGAAGCUGUUUUAGAAGUAGAGGCUAUCAAUGACUACCAACCGGUGGUCAUUGGUGUUUUCCCCUGGAAUACCGUCGCAGAAAAGAUCGCCGAGAAGAGUUUAGUACCGAAGGAUGAUCCUGUGGUCGAUACGCAUUUUACGCAUUUCAUUUUUGUUGAUGACGGCAUCGAUGUUGAUGAGUUUCGUGUGCAGGUCGACUCUACAAUUUCUAGCAGUGCAUUCGGGACUGUCGACGCAAAAAUCCCAGUUGUGGUAUUAAACAUUGGACACGAUGUCAACAAAAAAUACUUGAAACUGUCUGUGAUAAAUGAUCACCCGGUGUUAUCGUUUGGAAAGUCUAAAACCCAAAUGAAAUUUACCGAUGAAGAGCUGAAAGGAAAAGAACAUCUAGUUUCAUCUGUCACCAGCGACAAUUCGAUUGAAUAUGCUAACGCAAUCUUAAAAUCAGUGAUUGGGGCCAACGACGAAUCAAUUGACUCCUUAAGACUCUCUAUUGUCUGGAAUGAAUCGCAUGAUCAAGUUGCCUCUCUGACAAAAAAUAAUAAACGCUGGAAAAAUGAGACAUACAAAAAUAAACUGCUGCGCUUUGCGUUGGAAAGUGACAACGGGAAAACUGCAUCCACUUUGUAUUCUAGUGGCAUAGAUCUUGUUAACUUCUGCAACAAAAACUUGGUUGGUAUGUUCAACCAAAUUGGCGACAAUGGAUUUGGUAAUACGGAUUUCAACACGCUUGAAGAUGUCCAGCGCUACAUUUCCGAUAACACAGAAGUCUUGUUAGAUAUCGCUGAGGGUGUCACUGAAACCGAAAUCGCCAUUAGUUGUAUUUUCAUUUGGUCCAUCUUUAGUCUGAGGUAUGAUGUAUCUUACCAGUUUUGGCGACUGUCAGAAAGCAAGAUGACUGCGGCUGUAUUUGCAUGCAAGUGUUUGAAACGAAUGAAGAAGUGCACAGACGACGACGACAGGAAAUCGAGAAUAGAAUUUAUAAUUGGAAAAUACGACCAUAGAUCCACUUGGAUCUUGACACAGUGCUAUACCGAUAAGAAGAGCAAGGCCAAGAAGUGUCUAGUGCGCGAGAGAAAAGAGUUUGGAGGCACCUCGACACUAUUGCUUGCUAAUCAGGACAAGAUAUUUAUUCAACACAGUGCUUGCCAAGCGGCCUUGAAUGACAUAUGGCUUCAACCAUUGAGCACAGAUGAGACCUCCAACCCAUUUUGGAAAAUUAUGCUCUUUAUGAUUAACCCAUUGCUUGCUGGUUUCUUCCUGAAUUUCGUAGACCAAGAUUCCAAGAAAGACGUUAAUGGGAAGUGCUGUGGCGUCUUUGUAUGGAUGUUGAAAAGGGCAUGGGACUUCACGCAUAGUCCGCUUGUCAAGUUCAUGUACAAUAUGCUGAGCUAUUUGGUUUUCCUGACCCUAUUUGCAUACGCUAUAGUUUUCAGUACCAAUCAGUCGUUCUCCGCAGUGAACUAUGUUUUAAUGGUAUGGGUAUUCUCCUUCGUUGUAGAAGAAAUCAGACAGAAACUUGUUUCGAAUGACGAUUACAUCACUGAUAUAUGGAAUUGGAUUGACCUGUUAGCACUGACACUUUUUAUUGUCGGAGAAGUGUUGCGCCAUAUAAACUUGGAGAUAGCGAGGAUACUUAUGGCCCUUGACUUUAUUAUAUUUUCCUUGCGACUUCUUCACGCAUGUACAUGCCUUAGAAAUAUUGGACCAAAGCUUGUGAUGAUCGGCAAAAUGAUGCAAGACCUUGUCUACUUCUUCAUAAUUAUGAUGGUUGUUGUGGUGUCGUAUGCUAUCGCUACACAAUCCAUUCUUUACCCCAACUCGCCCUUCACAUGGCACACAUUCUACAAAACGUUGAAGAUUCCUUACUGGAACAUCUUUGGAGAGCUCGGAUUGGAAGACAUUGAGGAUGUUGGUGAUUGCACAAACGAUCCUAUGGCUGGUUUUGAAGACCUACCCAGAUGCCCUACCAAGGCAGGGACAUAUAUUGUUCCAAUUAUGAUGGCAAUCUACAUGUUGAUCGUACAAGUCCUCCUGCUUAACCUUUUGAUCGCCAUGUUUAGCUUCACGUUCGAGAAGGUCCAAGACGAAACCGACAAGUACUGGUGUUUCCUCCGCUUCAAGUUGAUCCGCGAGUACUACGACCGACCCUUUCUCUGUCCUCCACUGACAUGGAUCAGUCACAUAAAGCGCAUUGUAUUCUACAUACGCAGAAAGCGGAUAGAGCACCACCACCACUGCGGCAAUGCAUUUUGCAAACACAUACACAAAACUGAAGGUGAACGACUGAUGCGAUGGGAAAGAAUGCAUGCUGAGAAAGCAAAACUCAAGAAAGACGACUUGAAACGUCUCAAAGAUUCGUCACUUUCUGGAAGAUACACAGAAAUCCGACGUAAUUUGUUGAUCGAUAGCUAAACUAUAACUAGCCGAAACUGUUGUUAUACAUACUGGUUUGACCUUGAAUUGAUAACUAUUGAAGCCUACUUGAUGCGGUGCAAUUCAUUAAAUGUUGUUAUGUUUAAAAACUUUUAAUGUUUGUUUUAUUGGAAAAAGUGUUGAAUAGCAAUUACACAUAUACAGUGUCCGAAUUAUAAAUAAAAAACCCUGACUGGCUGUUCUUGUAAACCUUUAACUCUGUAUAUUUUUCAUUGCCGAUGACGCCCAAAAUCCAAAACGAUGUAAGUCGUCCAGUUAGGAUACGAGUUAUGUGUAAUGUUCUGGUUCUUUGCUGUGUUGAGAAAGGUAAAUGUGUCCACUAGUUUUGUUUAUAGAUGGCUUGCUGGACAGAACAUGCUAAGGAAGGAUACAUUUUAAUAUCAAAUCGUUAAAAUGUCAAAUCGGCAUUUAAUACAUUGAACAAUCGUGCUAGACGUAGAAUUAUAUUGUAUUUAAUAUUUCUGAAACAGUAUAAAUCCAUUUAAUUUUGUAUCUUAUAUGAAUAUUAUAUUAUCGUCAUUUUAAGG